UAAGAAACGUGCGCGGACCCUAUAUAAAUGACCACUUGUAAGUGCAGAGGUAUCAGUAUACAUCACAUUUUCAAAGACGAUUAUUCAGUAGGUAGUCUCAAGAAUCAUGAAAUCUUACACAGCGAUAUUAGCUUUGUGUUUUGUCGUUCUCGUAAUGACUCAACAAGCUACUUCAGAACCAGCUCCUGAACCACGCAAGAAUGGUGGUGGUGGAAAUCACCAUGGAUCUGGUGGAAAUUAUGGAAAUGGAAAUUACGGACAGGGACAUGGCGGACACGGUGGACAUGGUGGCCACGGACAUAAUACACACGGAAGUGGCGGACAUGGACAACACGGACACGGAGGUGGCGGACACGGACAUGGAGGUGGCGGACACGGACACGGAGGACAUCAUUAAGUUUAAAACAAUUUCAUUCUAAUCCAGUACAAUAAUAUAAGAAAAACUUUUUUUUUUUUUUGCUUAUCAAUUUAUGUAUCAUCUUUAAUGCAAAAUCCAAAUAAACAAUAAUUUCUCAUAGAAA